GGAGUAUAAAAGAGGCCCUCCAGCAGAAAUUAGCCGGUACAGUCGAACGAACGGUCGAUUAAACAUGGUGCGGAACGGUGUCUUUUCCCGGUGUGUGGCGAUGGCCUUGCUGGCCUUCGGUGUUGUCGCGAUCGAAGCAGCAGAAAUGGCACGGUACGAUAACUACCCUCUGUAUCGUGUGACACCCAAGAGCGAGGAGCAGCUCAAGGUGGUCGCGGCCAUGGAGCAAGUGAGUGACAGUUUAAUAUUCCUCGAAACCGCCCGUAAGGUGGGCGAUCGGUUCGAUAUCAUCGUGGCACCACACAAGCUGGCAGACUUUACGGAAACGCUCGAAGCGGACUACAUCCCGCACGAGCUGAUCGACGAGAAUGUGCAACGGUCGGUCGAUGAGGAGAGUGUCCGUUUGAUGACCAAGCGUGCCAGGGGACCUUUCGGUUGGAACGACUUCCACUCGCUGGAUGAGAUACACGCGUGGUUGGACAAGAUGGCCAAAGAGCACCGAGAGUUGGAACUGCUGGAUGCGGGUCGAUCGCACCAGAAUCGCACGUUGAAGGGUGUGAAGCUGUCGUACGGCGAAGGUAGACCGGGUGUGUUCAUCGAGGGAGGUAUCCAUGCGCGAGAAUGGAUCUCACCCGCCACUGUUACGUACAUCCUGAACGAGCUGGUUACCAGUGAAGACGUACAGGUGCGCGCACUCGCCGAGAAGUACGAUUGGUACGUGUUCCCGAAUGUGAACCCGGACGGAUACGCGUACACGUUCCAGGUGAAUCGAUUGUGGCGCAAGACUCGCAAACCUUACGGUCCAUUCUGUUAUGGAGCGGAUCCGAACCGCAACUGGGACUUCCAUUGGGCGGAACAGGGUACCAGCAAUAACGCUUGCUCGGAUACGUAUGCUGGACCGAACGCAUUCUCCGAGGUGGAGACCCGAUCGCUGUCCGCUUUCGUUGAAAAACUGCGCGGAAAGCUCAGUGCUUACAUUGCGUUCCACUCCUACUCGCAGCUGCUUCUCUUCCCGUACGGACACACUGGAGCACACUCACCGAACCAUCAGGAUUUGAACGAAAUCGCUGAAGCUACCGUUAAAUCAUUAGCCAAGCGGUACGGCACCCAGUACCAGUACGGUAAUGUGUAUGACGCUAUCUAUCCGGCCAGCGGGUCCAGUGUUGACUGGAGCUACGGUGUUGAGGACGUCAAGAUUGCCUACACGUACGAAUUGCGUCCUGAUUCGGGCGAUUGGAACGGGUUUGUUCUACCACCGGACCAGAUCGUACCAACCGGAGAGGAAACUUUGGAUUCACUCGUCACGCUUUUGGAAGAAUCGGAAGCCCGGGGUUACUAUAAUGUAAAGAAAUGAAUCCCACUAUAAUUAGAGCUUUCUAGUGUUUAGGGAGAACGAAAACAAUGAAUCUGUGGUGAAUAAAAAACAAAAAAACACAAAA